UUCUCUGUAUUUUUCAUAUUAUUUACUUUGUUACUCCUGCUGCAUGAUCAACAGUUGCCUAUCCUCUAUCUCUCUCUUACAAGCCAAAGAAGGAGAGAGAGUUCUUUCUGAGUUGUAGAAAGAUUCGCCAGCGAUUGACAGAGAGAGAUUCGGCGUGGACUGUGACUGGAUCGGAGGGAACGACGGCUAGACGACUAGGAGAGACUGGGAAUCGAUUCAGCAAACAAGGAUUUCGAUUUCUCUUUUUUUCUCUCUCUAAUCACAGAACGUAAAUUAAAUUUUUUUUUGUUUUUCGGGGUCAUCUUCUCUGGCGAGAGAGAAAGAGCAAUGGACUCUCCGUUAUCAAAAACCGAUGCGUCGAAAGAGAAAUUUGUGGGUUCACCACGGCCAUAUACAACGACGGCUGAUUCAAAUGCGAUGAGAGGUUGUGGACUCGCUAAUCUUACAUGGGUUGGUGUUGAUAAAGUGGAGCUUCGUCAAAAGCUAAUGAUGCGUGAGUAUUUCCGUCUAACUAUGCGUGACUGUAUCAAACUAAAGGAUUCAACCAGAUUUAUGUGUUCAGGCCUGUCCCUAUUAAUGGUUGUUUUCAUUAACCCCAAAUCUGGUGGUCAUCAUGGUCUUGUGCUUAAAGAGAAGCUUCAACUGUUGAUGAGCGACAUUCAGGUGUUUUACCUUACGGAAGUGAAGCCUCAUGAGUUUGUAAGAUACGGGUUGGCGUGUUUGGAGAUAGUGGCAGCGAAAGGAGAUGAAUGUGCUAAAUAAUGCAAAGCAAGGUUGAAGAUUAUGGUGAGUACACACAACAAUAUAUUUUUAAUCUCAUGAUCUUUACGUUUUUUUAGCAAUUAGAAAUGUUGACAAUGGAAUUGGUUCGUUAGAAAUGUUGACAAGGCCCUGUUUCAAAUAAGGUUGUAUGAUUUUCGAGUAAUGAGACAGAGGUCCAUCGACGAGGCUUUCGAUUGUGGCUGCGUCAAGCAGGCUGUCGAUCCCACAUUUGGUUUACCAUUCUAUUCUAUUUUCUAAAUUUACGGUUUAACAUUCUAUUCCAUUUUCUGGUCUUGCAAACAAUUAUUCUAUAUCAUGUUCCUUGGAAUGCUAUUACCCAAUUUGGGUUAUGAAGGUAGUAUCCUGUAGGGUUUAGUGAACCUUCUUUUUAUGUGUUAAAUUCAAAAUUGUUCUAAUAUAUGUGUAAUUCUUCAAACUUCCGAGUCAUGCCAUUUACAUCUAUAAAAUUAUUAAUGUUUGUAUCUA